AUGGACGGCGACUCCAAUCUCACCUUCGUGGCCCUUGUCGCGGCCCGACUCCUCCUCGCCUUCGCGCCCGUGUCCGACUAUCUCAAAAACGAUCACCAGCUGUCUUCGCCAGUGACGGCCUAUCCUCGGUUGCGCGAAGGGAUCUAUCUGUUCAAUCAUGGUAUUGACCCGUAUUCUGGGGGAACCUUCCGGCAUUCUCCGCUCCUCCUGUCGCUGUUCUCGACGGUCCUGCCGUUGACGCCUUACACGUCGCCAGUUUUGUGGACAGCUGCGGAUGCUGUCGCGGCGUGGGCUCUUGUGCAAAUAUGGAGGCUAAGGACAAGUACGAAGAAGACUUCCAGAGAUAAUCAGGUUGCUGCGCUUUACCUCUUCAACCCAUACCUCUUGCUGCCAAGCCUCGCGCUGUCCACUUCAUCGUUCGAGAAUGCCCUCGCACUUGUAUCCCUCAUGUUUGCAUGCAGAGGUCGAGUCUCCGCCGCCCUCGUGACCCUAGCAUUUCUAGUGCACCUCUCGCUUCCCUCCAUCAUAAUCCUCGUACCCCUCAUCCUACUAUCCCUUACCCGGCCCGUCUCGCGAUUGGCGCUUCCACGCCCGAUUGAGGCUGACUUUAAGAAAGUCCCUUGGCUGUUCGGCGAGUUUCUCGCGUACGUGGCCCUAUUUGGCGUUGCAUCGACCUUGGUCUGCGGAAACGUCUUGUGGGUGGGGAAGACAUGGGGCUCUACUCUUACCCUCCCAGACUUGACACCCAACCCUGGGCUGUGGUGGUACUUCUUCACCGAGAUGUUCGACCACUUCCGGCCCUUCUUUUUGAUGGUGUUCUCCGUACACCUGCUCAUCUACAUUGCGCCAGUGUGCAUCAAAUUCCAACAUGACAUGCUAUAUGCCGCCUUCCUCCUUCUUGGUGUGCUCGCAUUGUUCAAGCCGUACCCAACUCUCUCCGACCCUGGCCUCUUUCUGACUAUGUUCACAUUAUUCCCCGAGAUCUACCUAUGGCUUCACAAUCCCAUUGUAACAGGGCUCAUUCAUCUUCACACCGCGCUUCUGCUCCCCUUGUUCAACAGCCUAUGGUUACGGCAGGGGACAGGAAACGCGAAUUUCUACUAUGCCUCCACUCUUGUGUUCGCCGUUGGAAACGGCCUUGCGCUCAUCGACGCCGGAUGGGCCGGAUUGCGGAUAGCGUUGGGGGAAGUGGGGGAGGGGAUGGACGUCGUUCAAGAGUAA